CUUUAUACUUCCUUCCCAUCAUCUUCAUAACAAUAAACAUUAUGGAACAAAGUAUCGAAUUAGUGGCAAAGAAUUGCGGAAACGAGUUGAACUCUUUCCAAAGAUGCAUUUUAUCACAUAGAGGAGAUCAAGAUGGAGGGGAAUCAGCAUGUGAAGCAGAAAGACAAACAUUAUCAAAAUGUGCAGCAAAUGCUGUACCUUUGGUAGCAACAGUCAAAAGUCGAUGUCAAUCACAAAUACGUGCUUAUGAUGCUUGUUUAUUGGCGGGAAGAUCGGAUGAUGAUGAACAAAUCACUCAAAGAUGUACACCCGCUCUUAAAGCUCUUUGGCAAUGCACAGAAGCUGUAAAGAGGGAAGAAUUGAUCAAAUCGGGAGGUGCUCCUCAAGGCGGUGAAUCUCUACAGAGACCCGUUUAGAGAUGUGCUUCAUUUGGAUAGCAUUGUUUAUUUCAUCUGUACUCUUAAUGCAUUGAAUGUUGUACAAUUUAAAAAGAUAGUAGUAGGUAUAGC